AUGGAAACACCCCCGACCAUGGACAACAAACAGGAUCCAGACCAACCCGCCCAAGAAGACGAAUACACGCGGUCCUCAGGAAAGCGAAAAUUCCGCUUCAAAUCCAGCUCCCGCCACCGCAGCGAUGCACCCAGCAGCCAUUCCCACCGCCACCACCACUCCCACUCCCACCGCCCUUCCAAACGCCACAAACACAAACACGCCGCGAAGCGCUCCCCCUCACCCGACCCCGCCAACCCAUCCAACCUCUCCGCCGACGCUGCCUUCCGCGAAUCCCUCUUCGACGCUCUCGGCGACGACGAAGGCGCCGCGUACUGGGAGUCCGUGUACGGGCAGCCGAUCCACCGGUACGCGGUGCCGAGCGUGCCCAAGGGCCCAAACGGCGAGCUGGAGCAGAUGUCCGAUGAAGAGUACGCCGCGUACGUGCGGAGCCGGAUGUGGGAGCGCACGCGGGAGGGGAUGCUCGAGGAGCAGGAGCGGCUGCGGGCAGAGCGGGCGCGGCACCGGAAGCGGCAGGACCAGUCUGAGGCGGAGGCGAGGGAGAGGAUGCGGUUUGAUAGGGCGAUGGAGGAGAGUUUGCGGCGGGGGAGGGAGCGGCGGGCGGUGAAGGCGUGGAGGGCCGUUUGGGAGGAGUACCAGCUCGCGUGGGAGGAUGUGAUUCGCGGGGUUGGUGCUGUUGCAGCGGGUGGUGGGGGGAAGAAACGGUUUCGAGAUUUGGUGUUUUGGCCCGUUGAGUCAGGGAAGCGGAGGGAUGUUUCGCGGGAGGCCGUGGAGGAGUUUAUGCGCCGGGCUCCGGGGAGUGAGGCUCAGACGGAGGAUGCUCCAGGCGGGGAAGACGAUUCGUCUGAUCUGCUGGCUGUUUUGAAGGCGGAGCGGAUACGUUGGCAUCCUGAUAAGAUCCAGCAUCGGUAUGGUGCGCUUGGGAUCGAUGAGACGGAGAUGCGCAGCGUGACCGAGGUCUUUCAGAUCAUCGACCAGAUGUGGAACGAGACGAGGGCGAAGCAAUCGUGA